AUGGUGGGUUCAAAAUACAGGAGGAAUUGGGCAAGAGUACGUCAUUCUAUCAACUUCUUAUACAACCCUUUAGCAACCUAUCUCGUUAAUGCCCCGUCAAAACAAACGUCACCGCGCGAUGUUCAACCUCGUACGCCCAAUCAGGAAAUGAAUGCCUGGGAGACAUCCACGAAAGAAAGAGAAACAACGAUGAGUUCUCAUGUUUGUUCUGUCGCGAAGUUAUUUUUCUAG